UAGAUUGACGUAUGUUAUUUCGUUCAAACAUAUGACUUACCUGUCAGAUGCUUUGGGCGUGGGAGCAGUCGUAGUGACCAAAGAUGACCAUAUUGUGUUGUUAUUCCGCUCUAAGAAUUGUGGGGAGGAUGUGAAUUUAUGGGACAGACCUGGUGGACAUUGUGAACCAAAGGUGCUAGUUGGUAACAUUCCAAUAGAAGAAAUUGACAUCAGUGCAAUGGAUCCAAAGGACGUUACUCGAGAGCUUUUCAACUCCAUAGUUGAAGAAAUUAUAUCUGAAGUGAAUAUUCCCAUAGAAAAGUUAUCUCCCCCAGGCAUACUUGGUGUCCACAGAAGCAAUCUUAAUGGAGGCAAACCAAAUGUGGAGUUCCUAGUCAGGUGUGACUUGAUGGCAUCAGAAGUAGAGGCUUUGUACAGCAAAGGUAGCCAGGAAGAAGCUUACGAAUCUGAACAAAUCUUAUUGCUUGAGCUUAACAAAGCCCUUGAUGCUGAAGUAUGUGACCCAGCACUGUGGAGGAAGAUGGCAGUGGGUGCAAAGGCAGCGUUGACUCUAUACAAAAUGUACUGGCAUAGGUUUCUGUGAAGUUUUAUGGGAAUUAGUUGAUAUUUUAAAAUCAAAUGUUGUGGUUUAAUAAGUGAUAUACAGUUUAACAUACACAUUUCUCUUGACCGGACAUAUUGGCUGAAGGACGGGCUGACUGUUUCCUUUAACUAUUGCCUUUCAAUCUUCUCCAAAUUUGCUCAAAGAUUUUGUUGACAUAAAAUGGGAGCAAAGUUGGAUAACCAGCCAAUUCGUAAAAGGCACUAGACUGUUUGCCCUUUAUUUAAAAAAAUCUAUAUUUGUCAUAGCCACUCUCUAACUUAUACAAUUUUCAUUGAAUCUUCAACUAACUUUCUGCAAUUGUUUGUUGAUAUUAAAUGGAGGCCAAGUUUGAUGAACAGCCAAUUAGCCCAGGCACUUGAGAGUUUUUGCACAGUUAUUUCCUUUUAUUUAUACAAAAAAUGCGAAAUUCGCCUUUUUCCCAUUCUUACUAAUAGUCAUACAGUUUUGAACGAAUCUUCACCAAACUUUUUGGAAGUGUUUGUUGACAUAAAAUAGAGGCUUAGUUUCAUAAGAAGGCAUUUCAGACUUAUUGCCCUUUGUUUAUACAAAAAUUAAAAAAUGCUCAAAUAGAAUAUGGCAUCCCAUGGAGUUUAAUAACAGGUGUAUAUUUCUCUCCCUGACCUUGAUAUAAAGUGUACUCUCAUAAUUUUGGCCAUUUCCCUGCAAAACUUAUCAGUUGGGUUUUGGGACAAAGUAUGAAACAGGAGACAUCUUAUUCCGAGAUGACCCUGGGUCUUUUUGUGCCAGGUGUGAAGUUUUUAGCACCCUGUACCUUGGUUUAUCACUGAAUCCUCAAGGCAAUGAAGUAUGUCAGGGUUCAGUUAGGAAUGAAACCUGCAGCCCAAGAAUUCUGACCUAAGUGCUUUACCUUGAAACCACUAAUCUGCUAUUUUAAUUUGAUUUAAUAAAGGGUGCUAUUUGAAGUAACAUGGGAAACUUUUUGGAUAUCUGUUUCCAAGAUAUAUUUUGAAAUUGCUUGCAAUUUAAUAUAUUAAUUAUAUGACUGGUUUGAUGUUCAAAAAAUCUUAAUUUAUUUGAGUGUCUCAAUAAAUUUCUGUAGCUUAAUAUUUCUAUCCUUGAAUCAAGCAAAACUAAUAUGUCUGAGAAAUUUACCAGUUCUACAACAAUUCUUUAUUUUCUCAAUAGUAUUUCUGAUUGUUAGCCAGGGGAUAUCAAAUUGGCGUUAGUUGUCUCUCAGUUCGUCCAUCCAGCUUUCAAAAACUUUUUAGGGCUAUAUAUCAGAAACUACCUAAAUAAGCUAACAACAUCAAACUUCAUAGCCUUAGGUGUAUAGAUAUCAUAGAAGAAAAAUGCCAUGUACAAGGAACUUAACUCUACACUUUCUUUAAUAAGAGUUAUUUUUUUAUUUGAUGUAACUUUUCAAGGCUUAAUCUCAGAUACCAUGCAACAUGAAACUGCGUGGGUGUAUUAAAAUUUAUGUGAAAAAGUAACACAGAAAAACCAUAACCCUCACUUUCUUAAAGAAGUGUGAUUGCCCUUUGUUUUGUUUUUAAUGAUGGAACUUUAUUUCAGAUCUGAUACAACAUUGCAACAUGAAACUUCAUCGGUAUGUAGAAAUUAAUGGGAAGAAAUUCUAUGCUCAAGAACCAUAACCCUACACUUUCAUAACUGAGAGUCUUUUAAAGACUAUAUCUCAUAUACAAAUGUAUGCUACAAGAUUUCAACAUGGAACUUCAUGGUGUAUAGAUAUUAAUGAGGAGAAUUGCAAUUCAUAAAAUGCAUAAAAACAAUUACCCUUUACUUAAUUAUUUUUAUGAUUAUUCAUUUUAUCGAGGGAUUUGCACCCAUCCUAAACUAAAUUUAUUUGGUGGGGGAUAUCAACUCAUCGAAUUUGCUUGUUUAUGUAAUGUUUUGUUUGAUAUUUCAUGCAAUUAUCAUGAUUAUUAUUCAUUCACCACUUUUAUUGUUUAUGACUAUUAUACAGAAUGUUUGUUAUUUUAUAGUAAAUAGACCCGGUCUUAUACACUGGCAUUUACUGAUUUUUGCCUAUACAUGCAUGAUCAAUAAAUUUGUGUACAGUACAUGGGUACAUGUAUUUUGAAUCAUGUUUGAUGCAUUUUUAUGCCCCCCUUCGAAGAAGAGGGGGUAUAUUGUUUUGCACAUGUCGGUCGGUUCGUCCGUCCACCAGAUGGUUUCCGGAUGAUAACUCAAGAACGCUUAGGCCUAGGAUCAUGAAACUUCAUAGGCACAUUGAUCAUGACUGGCAGAUGACCCCUAUUGAUUUUCAUGUCACUAGGUCAAAGGUCAAGGUCACAGUGACUCAAAACGGAAAAAUGGUUUCCGGAUGAUAACUCAAGAAUGCUUACGCCUAGGAUCAUGAAACUUCAUAGGAACAUUGAUCAUGACUGGCAGAUGACCAUUAUUAAUUUUCAGGUCACUAGGUCAAAGGUCAAGGUCACAGUGACUCGAAACAGUAAAAUGGUUUCCUGAUGACAACUCAAGAAUAAUUAGGCCUAGGAUCAUGAAACAAAGAUCAAGGUCACAGUGACAAAAAACGUAUUCGCACAAUGGCUGCCACUACAACUGACAGCCCAUAUGGGGGGCAUGCAUGUUUAACAAACAGCCCUUGUUCCAUUUUUAAGGGGCUUUGUUAAGAGUUCCGCCUUUCAUAUCAUGACGAUUCUCUAAAACAAAUAUAAUACAUAUAUAAUGUAAACAGUCAAUCAAACAAAACAUUUAAAAUGUUAUGCAAAUAAAAUAAUUCAAAUAAUCGCGCUCACGUAAUAAUAAUACAUACAGAAAUUCAUAUACAAUAUAAAUACCAACAAUAUAUUUACCAACAUAUAUCCUUCCAUACUCGCUAAGGCGCUCUUAAAAACAAUUUCAAUCUUAACGUUUAUUUUCCUUAAUAGACAAUAACAAUAAAUGACGUCAGCGUCAAACGUCAAAGUAUUUGGCGCAAACGUUAUAAUUAACUUUCGCGUACAUUAACGUCGUAUUUAAAUACUAUUUAUAACGGCGUUAACAGGCUUUUUAUAUGUGCCCAAUUUUGAAAAGUAUUGAUUUUAAAGAUAUUUAUUGGUGUUAUUAACACAGUGUUGUUAUUGGAUACAAGGACAAGAUUUCUUUGGUUUACAAAUGUAAAACCUGAUAUAUGCACAUAUCUCAAGUUUCACCUGCUUUCCGUAUAUAAUGUAUAUGGUUGUUUGGGAUUGUAUGCAAUAAAAAAUAUUACUA